AUGAAUAAUAUAAAAUAUGAGACAAGGUCAAGAAAGAUAUUGCUCCCUUUUACCACUCGGCCAGCAGGAUCGUUUUCAAAUGCCCAUCAGCCAAAUCGAUGCUCAUCAUUGGUUGUUGGGGCGAAGCUCGGAGAUCAAGUGGAGCCUUUCCUAGUCGUUUACGACGUCACGUGGACCAGAGCUUAUCAGGACGACCAACCAGAACCUGGCCCGUCCACGCCAACCGCCGGUUCAUCUGGAUCGACCAUUCAGAAAGACGAAACUACCAAGAAAGUUCUUCCUGCCACUCACGUCCUGAACCCGAACAGCGGCGGGCUCGUAUCCGCGGGCUCCAAUGCGGAAUCCAGUGCCAAUCCUGGUUUGUUCUUUUCCUUUGGGGACGACGACGAGGAAAUGUAUACUAUAUCAUCAACAAUGGACGCCAAUGAGAAACUAGGCAAAGCCACAGGUCUUCUGAAUAAACUGAUGCACAACAUGGGCUCGCCAUUUACUAACACAGUAAUGCCCCAAUUGAUGAUGGGCGAGAAGAUUACGACGACCAAUUCAUACACCAGUUCAACAUCAGUAGUGGCGCCACCCCCGCCUCCCUUCGCUUUGUCGCCCAAGGUCUCGGAUCAGCCGGAAGUCACUCUGAACCAGCGGACUCUGAUUAAUUUGAAGGAGUGCGGGAUAGACGGUGAACUGGAUGUGGUCUUCUUGAUCCCGACGUGGGACGCUGGGCACUUGAUUGCCAUCCUGUCUUCUCCGGACAAAUUGGAGCUGUCUAGAAACACGGAAAAUGUUUCAACAGAGAAAGCACCAAACAUUGAAGGGAGCCACUCCAGCAGUUACUCCAGAGCCGUUACGGCUUCUACGGCCGUCCAUUCGAGACGGAGCUGAUGCUCAGUUUGACUGAAGAUCACCAACAGCAGCAGUCGUCAGCCUCGUCCUCUAAACCCGUCCGGAGUAAUAUAGCGGCGAGUUUUGCAGCCCUCAAUCAACUCGUCAACCCAUCCAGCACUUGUGACAAAGACAAAAGUUACAACUACCUGGACGUACUCUCUCUUAAGCGUUCUUGUGAUCUGGUGGACGUCGAACCCCUUCACUCGGUCUCGGCCAGCGAUGGCGUCCGACUCGAAAAAGCCGACACGGGCAGUGCUCAGUUCACGGCGGUUGCUCUUAAUGGCCUAGUGGAAGCAUCUAAGCUGAUGUCUCACAAAGAUGUAUGUUUAAAUUUAACUG